AUGAAUUUGUUUGGGGUUAGUUCUACCGCUUUGGCGAUUUCGCUGCUGCAGGCUGCAGACGCCUUUGUUCUGCCCACUCUGUUCCAGGAGAGUUUUUCCGUGUUUGAACAGGACACUCUGGAGGUAGAAGACGAUGGGUCCAGUCUUGUUGUGGCUCCCGCCCAGUCAUCGUUCUGGGAUUUCAUCUGGAAACCUCAUGUGCCCUACCUUUUGAAACCGAUGGUCGACUCGGAGAAGUUGCAGGGGGAUAUUGAGCUCGACACGCUGAACGCAACGGCAUGGGAGCUGUACGAUAUUGCUAAGGCCUCUGAGAAGAAGUAUGGUCACCCUACGCGUGUGAUCGGGUCUCGUGGCCACUGGAAGACGCUCAAGUACAUCCUGGACCAGUUCGACGAGAUGAGCGACUACUACGACGUGUCCCUGCAGGCGUUCGACGCUCUCACUGGGAAAAUCAACUCUUUCAACUUAACAGAUGCCAAGACCGGUGCCAGUUUCCCCAACACCACGGCGUUCGCUCUUUCACCAGCGGUGAAACCAUUCGUUGGGAAGUUGAUCGAGGUACCUAACCUGGGCUGCUCAGAAAAAGACUACCAGGCCGUCCAAUCCUUUGAGUCGUUUGCCAACUACAAGGGCAGGAAGAUCGCGCUUAUUGAGAGGGGGAAGUGCCCCUUCGGGAAGAAGAGUGAGCUUGCUGGUAAGCACGGGUUCCAUGCGGUCGUCGUUUACGACAACGAACCGGACGCCCAGGACGGUGCGCUACGCGGGACACUCGGUGAGCCAACGAACACCACCGUGGCCACUGUCGGGGUCCCCCACGCUGUUGGGAAGGAGAUGAUCGCGAGCAUCGAGCGCAUGGGGGAUUAUUUGCUGUGCUUCGCGAUGGACUCGUACGUGAAGACAAUCAAGACGAAAAACGUUGUGGUGGACACGAAGCACGGGGACCCUGAGAACAUCGUCGCUUUGGGUGCACACUCCGAUUCUGUAGAGGAUGGCCCCGGGUUGAACGACGACGGGUCCGGUACGAUCUCGCUGUUGACCGUCGCAAAGCAACUGACGCACUACAAGACAAACAACAAGGUGCGGUUUGCCUUUUGGGCUGCAGAGGAGGAAGGUCUGCUGGGCUCUAACUUCUACGCGUACAACUUGACUCAGAACGAGAACCACCGCAUUCGUGUGUUCAUGGACUACGACAUGAUGGCCUCGCCCAACUACGAGUACGAAGUGUACGACGCGAACAACAAGGACCACCCACGCGGGUCCGAGGAGCUGCGCGACCUGUACGUCGACUACUACAAGGACCACAGACUCAACUACACGCUGGUUCCACUGGACGGGAGAUCCGACUACGUUGGGUUCAUCGAGAACGGAAUUCCAGCGGGCGGGAUCGCCGCGGGCGCAGAGAAGAAGAAUGUGUUCAACGGCGACAUUCUGGACAAGUGCUACCACCAGCUCUGCGACGACGUGCUCAACCUCAACUGGGAGGCGUUCCUCGUGAACACACGGCUGAUCGCACACUCCGUCGCCACGUACGCGGAGUCCUUCGAGGGGUUCCCCGAGAGAGAGGUUGCCAACAACACAGUGACUGCCAUCUCCAGAGCUCCAGCCCACAGAGACACCCCGCUGUUCAAGUACAGAGCGGACGACCUACUGUUCUGA